AGCGCCUGCGUCUCAGUGAACGAGCAGUCAACGGUUCUCCUUUUCGACAGGCGCCAUCUUGGGAAUCAUCGACAGCGACGAUGGAACGAACGGUCUUGUCCAUGAACCGGACUUCGAGCAGCGCCCUGCUUCAACUCCAAAACCAGUUCUACUGCUCGCCAGGCGGCCGGGGGGCCUGCCUCUUGCCGGGGGCCAGCGACGGCUCGCUGCCCCAGACGCCCGAAGGCGGCGGCAGCCCGGUCGAGGAGCCGGGCAUCCUCUUCCCCUCCUCCUCCUCCGCCCCCCUUUCCGCCGCCGCCGACCCGGGCGACUCUCUCAUCCCCAAGACUUACGCGCUGGUCCGGGAUUUUAUCAGGCACCACGCCGAGCUGAUGCCGAGCGCCGCGACGAGUUGGUUCGGCUGCUCGCCCGACGACGACCGGCGGGCGGCCGAGACGCUGGAGCGGAUCGGCGAGCGCCUCAUCGAGAAGCACGGCACGGCCUUCAUUGGAAUGAUAAAUCGGCUGCACAUCUCUCAGAGGAGUGACUUGGAAACCAUCCAACGGGUUGCCAGUGAAAUGUUCGGCGAUGGUGAGAUGAACUGGGGCCGGGUGGUGAGCUUCAUCGCCUUUGGGGCAGUAAUGGGCAGUCACCUGAAAAAGAUUCAGCGGGAGGACUGCAUCGAUGAUGUAGCCAUGCAAAUCACACAGUACCUGGCGGGGCAGAAGAGGGAGUGGCUAGAGGCUCACAACGGCUGGGAUGGUUUCUCACAGUUUUUCCACGAGAACAAUGCUGAGGAGUCUGCAAAGAAAGCGUUGAUGUGGAUUGCUUGUUUCGGCAUCGCAGGGGCAAGUAUCAUGCACCUCUUCAGGUGAAUCCUGACCCAUCUCUGCUCUCGUGUACAACUGAAACAAAACACUGUUCUCAGCCCAGCUGUGCUUUGUCCUCCUCCCCGCUCCCCACCUCACUCAGUCCCACCAGCUCCUAGUGAAGGACACUGCUGCGAAACGGUGGAUCCUAUCAACCGUUUUCCAUUCGGGAGCAGCCUCGGAGACUACCAGUGGGGUGGUAAACGAGGGGGGAGCAGGACUGACGGAACCGGCCCUGUCUGGCGCAGGCCCUCCACUUGACUUUGGAAUGGGAGGACUGCCACGUGUUGAUGGCUUGCUGGCCUCUGGCAGCUGAAGUUGGGAAUGAUGGAACCCUCUCUGGUACACUUUGACACACGUGUGUGGAGCCCCAAGACUUUGGUUUGUGUUUUGUGCUGUUUUAAGGACUCGCAAGAACUUUCUAAUCCACAAACAGUGUUGGGAACUUACAACUCCUGAUCCAGUGCUGCAUCAACUCACUCACAGCUCCAUGCUCACACCUGUACCAGUCUACUGCAUCGGGACAGACCCCACUUCAGACUUGUGUACCAUCGUAAUCUCUCAAGCCCUUUUCUCCUCUGCUCUCCUGUCACCCCACCCCCUCUCUUGCUUUCUAAAGUCACAGGCUGUGGGGGAGGGGGGUGGUGGGGAAAAAGAUUGAGAGAAUUGGGUAAAGGCGUAGUGAGGGUGAUCAGAAGGGGGGUGGGGAGAAUGUACAGAGGUCUGUAUGACAAAACUGCCCUAGUCAUAGGGAGAUUGUCUGUGUUUAAUUCUAUUGAACCCUUUCUCUAAAUAAAUGUUAAUUUGUGUAAUAGAUAUAUAUUUUCCUUCUGAACAAGCAAUAUAUUUGAUUUUUCUUUACACUGGUUGGUAAUGAAUCCUGCAGAAAGCUGUCAGAAGGAUUGUUCCCUGCAUGGAUUUUUUGUGGCUGGCUUUCCACUAGGGGCUCCCCCACCAGUCUUUUUGAGGGUGGGGGGGAGUUGGUGGUUGGCAAUUAGAAUUGCAGUCAGUUUCCUGACUUAGCAGAUUGAUGGGGUGGAGGGGGGUCUCCAUUUGAAUUGGUGGAUGUGGGGGAGUGGUAACUGGCCUGUGUUCUGAUGCUACAAAUUCCAUGCCCCCACCCUUGGAUCCCUUCACUCGCAAAGGGUCAAGGAGGGCGAGAGAGAGAGAGAGAACACGUUGCAUUCGACUUGCAUUGGCUUUCCACUUAACCACCCGAACACUUCACAGGGCUGAGCAUCUAGACUUUGACAUAAUAUUUAAACUAAGCAUUCAUUUAUAGAGCCAGUGUCUCAGCGACCAUCCUCGCACCUUGUUUUGUAGUUUUCAAUGAUCAGCUUUUCAGAUACGACAAUAUGAACCAAGUGAUUCCUCUCCCUCUCUCUCUCUCUCUCCCCCUCCCCUUUGUGCACACUUUUUUACCUUCUGCCCCCUGCCUAAGAUGAACAUUCCUUUUUAAAAAUUUUUCCUGUGGUUUGUUUUCUUGGUUGGAUACCAUUUGGUAUUUGCUGCUCCCUGUCAAUUUAUUUCCCCAAAUAAACGUGGGCUUGAUUUAACUUGUGCGCUCGUCUUUAAGGCCUUCGGCUGUCUCUGCUGAGGACACUCGAAGAUUGUUCUGGGCAGGGUCCCAUGUGAGGGCCUCCUGAUAUGGAGGGGGUGGUAAUUGAACCGCCAUCUUUUCUUUAUGGCACCUCCUCUGGUGGCCUUAAGGGUGGUUCAGUUGAAAUGCGGGUUAUUGGGGUGGUAAUUUGGCUGUAGUGUCUCUGAAGGGUUAACUUUGGGGUUGUGGGGGAGGAGGGUGUGGCUGGUGUUGGGGGAAGACUAGGAAGGAAAUGUAGUCUCUUUGGAAAAUGCUGGGCAGUGUUAUCCAGUUGCACGCUGUGUGACCAUGUUUAUCCUUAACAUUACUGAUGAGGCAGUCCCUGCUCGGCACUCUAUCUUUUAUUUAAAUGAAUGAAAAUCAGAAGAUCUUUUUGACGCGCACACGUUUUUAAAUUGCUUGUGCUGUUGUUUGUAAUCAGAGUAAUAAGGAGAUCGAGGGAAAGGACUGCAGAGGUAAAAUGUUUUCAUCUGCUGAUCAGAGGAAUUCAGUCUUGUGACCACUUUGGUUGACUUAAAAGCACAGCACGAUCCCACCAUUGUGGCCCCAGUCGAUUGCCUACCUGCCUCCCCUGCUCCCGAAGUUUACAUGUUUUAAGUGAAGGUUGCAUUACCACCGUGCUGGAUGCUCAGCCCUGUGGAGCCUUAACGUCAGUAGCCACUGCCAGUUAACGGACACUUCAAUCACUGUUGGAAAUGGCAGCUUUAUUAUAAAUUAAAUAUUUUUUGAGAA